AUGAACGUCUCGAUUAAUUCAUCAGAGGACAUCGUCUCAGAGGCGGAGGUCGCGAGAUGGCAACGAUUAUUUGGCUAUGCGAAGGCAGAGGCCGUUCGCCGGAUCCAAGAAGACCGGAGCGACCAUUCUAGAACUAGGAUAUCUGACGAGCUCUGGACCACAGUCAGAAUCCGAAAGGAAGCCGAAGGAUACGACCGCGACACAUACGAAUAUUCCCUCAAAAAAGUGUUAGGCACUUUCAUCGUGCAGCUGACGGGACCCUUGGAUUCACCGGAGAAGAUCAAGGAUGCUGUUGGCUCAAAGGAGGCCCCACCGAUCACAGAAGAUGCAGGUGAAUACCGUCAAGCGCAUUUCUGGCAGAUCGAUGUUGCAACGAGGGCAAAAAUGCUGGACUGGGUCGCUGAGCACCGUGGCAGCUUCCAACCUAGUAUUGUGCGCCUGACGAAGGCAAGAGUCUCUGCACACAGAGCAAAACUUCAACUCUUGCACUGGAUCUGA